AUGCUGUUAUCAUCCGAAAUGUUUAUAUUCUUAAUAGUACUUGAGGUCAUAUCACUAGUAUUCGAGUUGGUUACGGUUGUUUUAAGUCUUUUUGUGGUUUACUGUGCUGUUAAACAUAAGGCCUUUCACAUACAUCUACGCUUACUGAUCAUCGUUUUUCAUGCCGUGUCUGGUCUUGUUGGUGCUUCUGAGUUUGUCGCCACGGCUAGUGCUGCUUUUGACAUCAAAUUUAGAGGUAAGUCGGGAUAUGUGUACACUUUAGAGGUAAGAUAUAUAUGUAAAUUGUAAUGGUGUACGUAGUAGUUUAUCCUAAGCUUAUUGUGAUAAGAUCGUAAGCUUAUUGUGAUAAACUGAAUGGUAAGUCACUACAAUGUAUCAGGUAUACGAUGUUUUACAAUCUCUUAGUAAACUUAUAUUUUGUGCUAUGGUAUAUGCAUUAAACAAAAAAAAAUUUACAGAGACUUCAAACAUGUUAGCGUACCUAGACGAGCCCUUCUACCGCUUUUUAAUGACUAGUAUUAUCACAGGCUUAACUAUGGAAGUCAUAAUACUACAUUGUGCCAUAACUGAACGUUCUUGUGCGUCUAUUUUCCUAGUCAGUUACGAGAAGAAGAGUAACUUGUUUGUCAUGUUUCUAGUCAUCAUGGGAGCCAUGUUAGUGGCGGUGUAUCUGUUUUGGCAGUUGUAUGACAUGACUGUGUUACGUAAGUUUUUAACUAUAGUUUGAUUAUUAAUGCCAAUUUUUCAAAAAAACAUUUUUAUUUUAUGACAUUUAUUGAUUUAGCUGACGUGAUACUGUCGAUUGGCAUAGUAAUUGGAAGUAUUAUAAGCAUAGGCUUUCUCGCAGUAAGUAGGGGUGUGCUAUUGACAAUAUAUAAUUACUUAACUACUACAGUUUAUAUAUUUUUCUAAAGUUAUUUGAUUGACUGUAACUUAUUGUAUAUAGCCUUAUAAUAGAAGUUUUUAUACUUAAAUAAUACAGGGUUAUACUUAAUGAUAAAUUUAAGAUUAUGUUUUACACUUUCAGCUCUUCGUCCAAGUAUUCCGAUGGAACAAACGAAGAUACCAAGCAUCAUUACUAAACAGACGCAAGUACACCUUGAGUGAGAAGUUUCAGCUGUCCGAGAACAUACGAAUGAACAGUAUAAUAUGGCGUAGCAUUGUGUACGGUGGAACUGGAGGAUUUACAUGUGCUUUGCAAGUUGUAUUAUGUGUUUGUUUGAAGGAUCAAUUGCCAGUAAGUGAUGUAUAUGGUACACACAUCAGUAUCUGUAGUAUUUCACUUUAGUUAUAGUAGUAAUGGUAUUGACAGUAAACGACAAUAGUAAUCUAUUCACAAUAGUUACGUUUAAGUAACAAUAUAUAAGUGAAGAUCAACAUAAUAUAAAUAAAUGUAAAGGCUGUUCAAAUAAUUCUGCGCUCCCUAACCUCAAAAAAUUCCUUUGACAUGGGACACAUAAUUAAUUGAACAACCUAAUAUUAACUGUGAAUACUUUAGAUACUAGCUGCGAUGUUUCGUAUUACAUGUCUUACCACCAUGAACAUCUUAUUCAUACCAACCUCUGCAAACUUUAUACUGAAUGUGCCACGAUGGAAAAAGGAGUACCGCAGGAUUUGUAAACUAGGUUUGACGGUAACACAUCUAUGGAGUAAAGUAGAUAUUGUGCAUGAGACUAACGUCACGACAAUCACUGGGAAACGGCUCAUCUUUCAAGUUCAUGAAGAGAAGGAUAUCUACUUCAUGCAACUACAGGAAUCCUGGGGCAGAAUUAUUCAAAAACAAUAA